UUAGGACAAUUCCUGGAGCCGAAUUGGCUUUCUUGGAUGGCUCGUCGUUGGAACGUGGCGCUUGACCACGGUGGCAUGGUUAGUUUAGCAUGUCGCAGUCACAGGAAGCCUGCCGGAAUUCGCCGCAGCGAUGCAUGUUCGGAGAUCGUUCGUCAAGUGGAGAGGAGGCAAGACUGCCAUGCCCUACUAUGCUGCGGUUUCAUGUGGUGGUGAUGAUGUGAAGGAGAGAAGUACCUAAAUGCUCGUGCAAAUCUUCUAUGCAUUAGGUGACGAUGAUGUAGUUAUCCGAUAGUCGGCCCAAUUGGAUUUCUUCCACUGCAGGGAACCCCACCGCGGGGUAGCUGAGUGACUAAAGCUAUCUGUCUGAGCUUCCUCUGUGAGUGCCAACAUAACUGUUUGCAGAUCAAGACCGAUACAUACAUUGUUUCCCGCCGCAAAUAACGCAGAAAAACAUACAAAGUGACCGCCCUGGAUAUUUGAACAUGACGGGAAAGGAAGUUGUCGUCACCGGAGCCACCGGUCUUCUCGGAAGACAGGUCGCCAGGGCCUUUGACCUCCGGGGUUGGAACGUUAAGGGCACCGGCUACUCCCGCGCCGACGGGGUCUCCGUCUUCAAAGUCGAUCUGGGUGACACUGCCGAGGUCGAGAAAUUUCUCGAUGAGUCCAAGCCCCAAGUAGUCGUACACUGCGCCGCUCAGAGGUUUCCAGACAAGGUGGACAGCGACCCGGAUGCCGCUAGAGCUCUCAACGUCGCAGCCACCAAGUCGCUCGCCAAGCUCUGUGCUGCUCGCUCUACCCUGCUCAUCUACAUCUCGACCGACUACGUCUUCUCUGGCAAGCCCGGAGAAGCCCCCUAUGAGGCAGACGCUCCAACCGGACCGACAAAUCUUUAUGGCCAGACCAAGCUGGACGGAGAGCUCGCCGUUCUGGAGGAGUACAAGGCUGCCGGCCGUGAAGGCCUCGGCCUCGUCCUCCGGGUUCCUGUUCUUUACGGAAAGGCUGACACGCCGGCAGAGAGCGCCACCAACAUCCUCAUGGAAACCUUGUGGAAGACCCAGGACGGCCAGUCCAAGGUGAAGAUGGACCAUUGGGCCAUUCGAUACCCUACGAACACGGAGGAUGUUGGUCGUGUGUGCCACGAUAUCGCCGUCAAAUACCUCGAGGCUGGCGAUCGUAGUUCGAUGCCCAAGGCUCUCCAGUUCUCCAGCGAGGACAAGAUGACCAAGUAUGAGAUCUGCCAGAAAUUCGCAGAGAUCAUGAGCCUCUCUAUGGACGGCAUCAUUGCCAACACCGAGGGCAACGACCCGAACGCGAGCGUCCAGCGACCAUACGACUGCCACCUGAGCACGCGUGCGCUGAAGGAACUGGGCAUCGACGUGUCGACAAGCGACUUCAUCGGCUGGUGGAGACGUGAGGUGCACGCUUUCCGACAUUAAUCUAGAUCAGUACCAGCGCACGCAUCUGCAUCGACGAUUUAGCGGUCCGGGGAAAGCUGAAACGCGGCAUGUGCAGAGGAUGACUCAUUGAGAACCGAGAAAGUGCUAUCCUGCUGGCGGGUAUGAUGUGCUCUCGGUCUU